AGAAGACCCACCAAACGUCACAACAUCGGUGUAUUUUCGCAGUAAACCCCUUUUCCUUUCACCGAAGCCCUUGGAAACCUCCAGGCCGAAGACCACCACGUAUAUUGUCCCAGGCACCAGAUCGUUUUCAAUAAUAUAUUAAAAUUUGACCGAAAUAUGCUGUGCCAGCUCUUGGGGACGGCGAGAGUAGCAGGGGGAAGGGCAGGUCAGAGGUUACUCCAGGGAAGAUACGUCCUCGGGAUGGAAGGCUCUCGACCCAGCUCAGAUAUGGCCAAAUUUCGCGAGUAUUUCGCCAAGGCCAAGCAUGUCGUGGUGUUAACAGGUGCUGGAGUAUCUGCAGAAUCAGGUGUCCCAACCUUUCGAGGAGCUGGAGGAUUUUGGCGCACUUGGCAGGCCCAGGAUCUGGCCUCUCCCCACGCAUUCCGAGCAAAUCCAUCGUUGGUGUGGGAGUUCUACCAUUACCGCAGGGAGGUGAUGAAUACGAAGGAGCCGAACCCUGCACACAUAGCCAUUGCAGAAGCAGAAAAACGUCUCGCUGCCGAAGGUCGCCGACUGGUUGUCAUAACGCAGAACAUAGACGAGCUACACAGGAGAGCUGGAUCCACAGAGAUCUUAGAGCUCCAUGGAUCGCUCUUUCGUACACGCUGCACCAACUGUCUUGAAAUUUUGGCCAAUAGGGACAGUCCGAUUUGUCCAGCACUGGCAGGAAAGGGAGCUCCUGACCCUAAAGCUGAGGAUGCCAGAAUUUCGGAAGCAGAUUUACCGAGGUGCAAGGCGUGCUCCGGGCUGCUGCGACCUGAUGUAGUGUGGUUUGGUGAAGGCCUAGACCCUGCAGUGUUGGCAAAGACAGACAGAGAACUGGACUCCUGUGACCUUUGCUUGGUGGUGGGUACCUCGUCUGUCGUCUAUCCAGCUGCCAUGUUUGCGCCCAGUGUUGCUAGCCGAGGUGUUCCCGUGGCAGAGUUCAACUUGGAAUCAACACCAGCCACUGAUGCUUUUGGAUUUCAUUUUGAAGGACCAUGUGGCACAACGCUCCCUGUUGCCCUUGCACCCUAAUGCAGAAUGUAACAAUAAAAACUGUGAAAU